AUGAUCGGACUUCAGUUAGUCCGUACUCGUGUAUUUUGCCAAAUCUCUCGUCUGCCACGCAACCCAAAAAAUGUUAUGGCUCGAAGGUUCGUAAGAACUCCAACAAUAGACUGGAAACCAAUAACUUCGAAAACUACCAAUUUGCGCACUGCAGAACAGCAGGCUAAGACUCCCAUUAUUCGAAGGUUUUUUCUUGGUUUGAUGAUCGCCAUGCCGGUAAUAAGCUUUGUACUUGGUUGCUGGCAGGUGAAAAGACUCAAUUGGAAAGCAAACUUGAUUGCAAAAAGUGAAAAUGCUUUGGUGCAACCUCCCAUCGACCACCUUCCUCCCGUCUUAGAUCCGGAAGUAAUUCCAGAAUUUGAGUAUAGAAAGUUCAAGGUGAAAGGACACUUUGACUAUGACCAAGAAAUGUUUUUAGGGCCCCGUAUCAAAGACGGAACCCCGGGAUAUUUGGUGGUAUGUCCAUUUGUUCGUCUGGAUGGUGGAAAACCACUUUUAAUUGAAAGAGGCUGGAUUCACAAAGACAAGGUGAUUCCCACCACGAGAAGCGACAGUAAAAACUACUUGAGACACUUGGCAAUGCCACAGGGAGAAAUUGAAAUCGAGGCACUUUUCAGAGUAAUGCCCAAAAAGCUGAAUUUGCAAUUCGACCAUGAGGAGGGUACGCGGCUCUUUUACGUUCCAGAUGUCGAAUCCAUGGCAGAGCAGCUGGGAAGUUUGCCCAUCUACUGCCAGAUGAUAUACGAUUUGACGGAUAAACCAUGGAUAGGGCCUAAUGAAUCCAGACCCAGUAAAUGGAAGUUUUGGCAAAAAGAUGAAACCACAAAUUAUCGACCAGAAGAGUAUCAGGAAUUUGAAUUUGUAAAGCAAGGCGUACCCAUUGCUGCCACUCCCAAGGUCAAGUUUAGCAAUAACCAUAUGCAAUACUUGGUGACAUGGUUCUCGCUUUCAUUCUUCAGUGCUGGAUUGCUCAUUUGGAACAUGAGAAAGAAGAGUGGAGGAGCAGAAAAGGCAAUUGAAGCCAAGCGCAAGAACAUGAAGGCCAACUGGUGA